AUGUCAACUUCAACGGCAACCGAAGCUAUUACCCAGCAGAAGGUAGUUGUUUCCACUGCAGACUACAGUAACUUGAAUGUGAAGCCUGCGGUCGAGGAUGCCGUUUUCCAAGCAACUGCCCGUGGCGACCGUAAUGGAACGCUCAAAUUACCAGGAAUUCCAGUAUUCACAGACCUUUACGAGAAACGUAAAUGGAUGAAAGAGCACAUGGCGGCAGCGUUCCGUUUCUUCGGAAAGCAUGGACACGGCGAGGAUCCUAUUUUGAAAGACCAUUUUUGGAUGAACCCCUACGCCAAACAUUUCUCUGCCAUGAAAGCCUCCGAUCUCGUUCUUGUCGACCAAGAUGGCUAUGUGACAGAAGGAGGCAAUCAGGCCGUCAUCAACGAGGCUGGAUUCAUGAUCCAUUCAGAGAUCCAUAAGGCCAGACCGGACGUUGUUGCUGCUGCACAUACGCAUGGGGUUUAUGGAAAGACGUGGAGCGCAUUUGGGAAGGGGAUCGAGAUGAUCACCCAAGACGCGUGUAACUUCUAUGGUAAACUAGGUGUCUAUAUUGAUCACGGUGGAAUUGCAUUGGCUCAGGAAGAGGGGCAGCAAAUUGCGAAGGCUUUAGGGGAGGACAACAUGGCAUGCAUUUUGCAAAACCAUGGUUUGUUAACCGUAGGUCGCACAGUAGAUGAAGCAGCCUUCCUCCUUUCCAGUUUGGAUCAUGCGUGUCAUUCCCAAUUGAUGGCCGAAGCAGCCGCUGCCAAUGGAGUACCGAAGAAGAUCAUCAAUGAUGAAGUGGCUCAGUACACGGCCAAUGCAGUACAAACUCCGCAUCAUUUUUAUACCGAAUUCCAACCUGAGUUCGACCUCAUUGUGGAGGAGACCAACGGGCGGGUUCUUUUGUGA